CGUGUUCCUGGGCGAAAGAUGUCGCAGGAACGCGCGGUCGCGGCGAGCGCCGUCCGGCUGGAAGAGUUAAGUAGCUGGUCGCAGGAGCUAUGUCGCCGGGAACUGCCGUCUGUCCUGCCCCGGCUCCUUUCUAUGUAUCAGCAUUCUGACAAUUGGAUCGAGCAUAUUCAAAUUCUAAAAAUUAUCGUGGAAAUGUUUUUACCUCAUAUGAACCACCUGACAUUAGAACAGACUUUCUUCUCACAAGUGUUGCCAAAGACUGUGAAAUUAUUUGAUGACAUGAUGUACGAGUUGACCAGUCAAGCCAGAGGACUGUCAAGCCAUAAUUUAGAAAUCCAGACCACUCUAAGGAAUAUUUUACAAACAAUGGUGCAGCUCUUAGCAGCUCUUACAGGAUGUGUUCAGCAUAUCUGUGCCACACAGGAGUCCAUCAUUCUAGAAAAUAUUCAUAGUCUUCCUUCCACAGUCCUACAUGUAAUCAAAAGUACAUUUGUACAUUGUAAGGAUAGCGAAUCUGUCUAUUCUGGGCAUUUACACCUAGUUUCAGACCUUCUCCAGGCUCUUUUCAAGGAGGCCUAUUCUCUUCAAAAGCAGCUAAUGGAACUGCUGGAUAUGGUUUGCAUGGACCCUUUAUUAGAUGACAAUGAUGAUAUUUUGAAUAUGGUGAUAGUUAUUCAUUCAUUGUUGGAUAUCUGCUCUGUUAUUUCCAGCAUGGACCAUGCAUUUCAUGCUAAUACUUGGAAAUUUAUAAUUAAGCAGAGCCUUAAGCACCAGUCGGUUAUAAAGAGUCAGCUGAAACACAAAGAUAUAAUUACCAGCUUGUGUGAAGACAUUCUUUUCUCCUUCCAUUCGUGCUUACAGUUAGCUGAGCAGAUGACGCAGUCAGAUGCACAGGAUAAUGCUGACUAUAGAUUAUUUCAGAAAACACUCAAAUUGUGUCGCUUCUUUGCCAACUCCCUUUUGCACUAUACUAAGGAAUUUCUUCCUUUACUCUCUGAUUCUUGCUGCACAUUGCACCAGCUUUAUCUUCAGAUACACAGCAAGUUUCCUCCAAGCCUGUAUGCUGCCAGGAUUUCUAAAGCACAACAGGAGGAAAUAGCAGGGACUUUCCUAGUCACACUGGAUCCGCUCAUCAGUCAGCUUCUCACAUUUCAACCUUUCGUGCAGGUGGUUUUGGAUAGUAAGUUAGAGCUGCCAUGUGAACUGCAGUUCCCACAGUGUCUUCUGCUGGUUGUCGUCAUGGACAAGCUGCCCUCUCAGCCCGAGGAUGUGCAGGCCCUGUGGUGCACAGAACGCCCGCUCCUGGAAGCGAAAACCAGGGUAUCUCUAUUUAAAGCCAUUUUCUACAGUUUUGAGCAGUGUUCUGGUGAACUCUCUCUCCCUGUUCACCUACAAGGAGUAAAGAGUAAAGGGCAAGCGGAGGUUGCUGUCACCUUGUAUCAGCAUGUUUGUGUUCACCUGUGCACAUUUGUCGCUUCCUUUCAUCCCUCACUGUUUCCUGAGCUGGAUGUUGCUCUGUUGAAUGCUGUGCUUAGUGCUAAUCUGAUCACCUCUUUGUUAGCUAUGGACACAUGGUGCUUCCUUUCACGGUAUGGGACUGCUGAACUCUGUGCACACCAUGUCACCAUAGUGGCUCAUCUGAUAAAAUCUUGUCCUGGAGAAUGUUACCAGCUCACCAACCUAUCCAUACUAUUCAGGCGGCUCUUUUUCUUCAUGGCCCCACCCCAGCAGGUGGAGUUUAUCCAGAAAUUUUCCCCCAGAGAAGCAGAAAAUCUGCCUCUGUGGCAAUAUAUUUCCUUCCAGGCAUUACCUGCCGAGCUUAGGAAACAAGCCGCACAAGAGGUCGUCGGAGUAGGCAUUGCACGGUGUACGGAGUGGCUAAGCAAUAGUCGUACUUUGGGAGAGCUUGACUCUCUGAACACACAGCUUUCUGCUUUGCUUGCUGUGUGUAAUUCUGCUAGUGAAGCUUUGGAUAUUGCACAGCAGACUGCAGUUCUGGAAGUCGGGAGUCAGCUUUGGGCAUUUUUAAACACUGCGCUGGUAACAGGUCAACCUUAUGUUCAGCAGACACUUAGCCUUUUACUUUCACUGUUGGGAUUUUUCAUUCAAACUCUAGAUCCUCAUCUGAUAAGUCAGGUAGUAACUUUGCAGACCUCACUGCUUAAAUUAGAGCCUCCUGACCAUGUUUGUUUGGCGGUGCUUGAUUUUGUAUCUUCUCUGGGAAAUUUUUUUAUACCUCAAGCUAUCCAGGACAAAAUUCUGCCCAACCUGUCUUCUAUUUUUGCCUUACUGUUAGCUGACGGGAACUGGAUACUAGAACAACAUACGUUAGAGGCGUUUACUCAGUUUGCCCAGGGAACAAAUCAUGAAGAGAUAGUCCCACAGUGUCUCAGUUCCGAAGAAACCAAGAACAAAGUUGUAUCCUUUCUGGAGAAGACUGGGUUUGUAGAUGAAACCGCGGCUGCCAGGGUGGAACGUGUGAAACAGGAAAAAGCCAUUUUCUGGGAACGCUUUGCUAACGUCGCUGUAGAAGAAGCAAAGUGGUCAUCUUUACAGGCUCCACACUGUCAGCACAGAGCCUGGUGUGGGGGUUUGAACCCACGAACUGUGAGAUCAUGACCUGAGCCGAAACCAAGAGUUGGACAUAUAACCAAAUUGAGCCUCCCAGGCACCCUUGCAAAUAAGUUUUAACAUCAUACUAUCCCUACUCUUUCAACAGGACUUUCAAUUGUUUGUAGUAACUUUUGGGAAAGUUCUGUAUUUGUUAUCAGUGAAGUGACAAACAGUAGUUUCUGAACCAUGGAAAACCAAUGAACUCACCUUCCAAAAUGCUUAGGCUGAUCCCUUGCUUCAUUCAUCAACCCAGCCGGAUAAUUCUGGGCGGUGUCUAGAAAUCCCAUCUACCUAUUAAAAGGCAGAAAUCUGAUACCCCUAAGGAUAUUCAGAAUAUUGUUUUGAGCACUGAUAUACACAUGUAUAUAGAAUCGCAGUCCAAAUGAACGAUAUUCUGGUGAGUUUAGUUGUAACUUUUGUAAAAAAGAAAAGUUUGUUUAUAAUUAGUUUUCAGGAAAGACUGUUUUACAGAUUUCAAGCCUGAAAGUUACAUACCAGUGUAAAUAAGCCCCCAAGAAUUUAUUAUGACCAUGGGGCCCUGGAUGACUCAGUUGGGUGUCCGACUCUUGGUUUUGGCUCAGGUCACGACCUCAUGGUUUGUGAGUUCAAGCCCCACAUUGGGCUCUGCACUGACUUACGGAGUCUGCUUGGGAUUCUCUCUCUGCCCUUCCCCUGCUUGUGCAUGUUUUUUUUUCUCUCUCGAAUUAUGGCCUUCCUUAGGAAGGCCGUGAUCACAAAAGGUGGCUCAGCCCCAGUUCCCACCCCAGUGCGGUGAUGCUAAAAGCCUGGCAGUUUCUGGAACCGGCCGUAAAAGUUUCCGAAAGACCACAGCUCUCCUCAUUUAUAAACUUAGCAUUAAAGAGUAAACUGGAACCAUUUAGAAAAUUCAUACUUGGGGCUUUUUUGUCAGGACAGAUUGUAAGAUAAUCCCAAAGAAACUCACUGGAAAUGACUGGAUGAGGCAGGCGUUUCUCUUACUUUCCUCGGACCCUAAUGUUAGUGG